AGCUUUUGCUACCCCAGCUUCCUACCUUCGACUAGCGCGCCCUCAGAUGUGACGUUGAAGUACCCCGGAUGCAAGACUCGGGUAGCGCGCUGCUCGGCCUUUCGUCAUGUGGUGUUUAAAAGUGCCGUGGCCGCGCCUGCUGCCGGAGGGUAAUUGCCCGGUUGUACAUACAUGCCCUGCAACCUGACGUGCGGGGAGCUGUAGCUGCUGUUGUGACCCAAAGGCUUUGUCUCUUCUUUCCUCCAACUACUACGCGCAACCAGGUGCUAAUUGACGUUGCCUCUUACAGUUACAGCGCGCCGGGCAUCAUGGCUAUCUUCAAAAAGCAUAGCCUGAGGGCGGGCAACAACAGAACACGGGCGGCAGAGCUUACGCUGCGAGAGUCCAUCUUCCCACUGUGUCUAGUCACCAUCCUGUUCUUCCUCUGGGGCUUUUCCUACGGCCUCAUCGACACGCUCAACAAACACUUCCAGGAAGUCCUGCACAUCACUCGCUCGCGCAGCUCCGGACUCCAAGCCGCCUACUUCGGCGCAUACCCGCUCGCCUCCCUCGGCCACGCAAACUGGAUCCUGCGCCACUAUGGCUACAAAGCGUGCUUCAUCUGGGGCCUCUGCUUGUACGGCAUCGGCUCGCUCAUCGCAUGGCCCGCGCUCGUGUACCGCUCCUUCGGCGGAUUCUGCGUCGCCAUCUUCAUCACGGGUAAUGGUCUCGGCUCGCUCGAGACGGCGGCGAAUCCGUAUCUGACUGUCUGCGGUCCGCCCAAGUACAGCGAGAUCAGGAUCAACAUUGCGCAGGCGUUCAACGGAAUUGGGACCGUGAUUGCGCCGGUUCUGGGGUCAUAUGUCUUCUUCACUGAUGUCGAUGACGCGAACCCCAGCUUGAAGAAUGUGCAGUGGACGUAUCUGGCGAUUGCUAUCUUCGUCUUCGUACUGGCGUUUGUGUUUUACGUGACGCCGAUCCCAGAGAUCACGGACGCGGAUAUGGCGUUCCAAGCAGAAGAAACGCACGCCGGCACAGACGUCAAGCCCUUCUGGAAGCAAUAUCGCCUGUUCCAUGCCGCCGCGGCACAAUUCUGUUACACUGGCGCCCAAGUCGCCAUCGCCGGCGCCUUCAUAAACUACGUCGUCGACACUCGCCAAGGCACCUCCUCCGCAACAGCUGCGCGUUUCCUUUCCGGCGCGCAAGGCGCCUUCGCCCUCGGCCGCUUCGUCGGCUCCUUCCUCAUGAGUCGCAUACGCCCGCGCUGGGUCUUCCUCGUCUUCAUGACGGCUUGCAUCGUGUUCAUCAGUCCGUCCAUCACCCAGCGCGGCAACACGGGCAUGAGCAUGCUCUACGUCACGCUCUUCUUCGAGUCGAUUAUCUUCCCCACCAUCGUCGCGCUUGGUAUGCGCGGACUCGGCAAGUACUCGAAGCGCGGGUCGGGCUUCAUCAUCGCGGGUGUGGCGGGCGGCGCUGUGGUGCCGCCUAUUUUGUUCGCGGCGGCGGACUCGCAAGGCCAGGCCAACUAUGCGACGGGUCACGCGCCGACGGCCAUUGCUAUGAGCGUGCCGCUGGCGUUCUUUGUGGCUGCGUGGUCGUAUUCGCUGGCGGUCAACUUUGUGCCUCAGUACCGCGAAGUCGUGGACAAGUUCCAUACGACGGAGAUUGGAGUCGUAAAUGCGCAUGCAGAUGAGGAGAGUGGGAGUGCGGAGAUUGUGAAGAGCGAGGCGCCGUUGCAGACGAGCGAUGUGAAUGCGCCGAAGAUCUAAUUGCAUCGUGCCGGCUUGAUCAGAUGAGUCUCGGCGAUCC